AUGAGUUCAUUCGGAAAAUGUAUUAAAUGUGAAAAAGUAAUUGGAGAAAAGCUCCACGACCAAUUUUAUCGAGUAGGUUAUAUCGGAAGUGAUUGUGGUGAAAAGUUUGCCACCGAAACAGAGCAAAAGAAUUUAUAUAGUCCUUUGACUUCUUGUCGGCAACAUAAAGAUUUAAGUUCUAAUGUUAAUAACUCGGGAGAGGGAGAAGAGACCAAUGAGGAGUGGGAACAAUAG